AUGCCUGUCGCGAAAGAGCAAGUCGGCGACGUACCUGAAGGCCUAGUUCCAGCCAUCAAACUUGAACCUCCGCCUGGGUUCGAACAAGAUAAGUGGGAGCAGCUUACCGAUGGAUUUGCGUGUGAAGCUGACGAGAUUGACGGUAUCUUAGAUCAAAGAGGUAGUGGGGGUUCACGAAAAGGCCGACCUAUCAAUUUGAGCGUCCCCUAUACUGGCUCUCUGAGUGGUAGCGCCCGUGCUAUUGCUCAACGUGAACGCAAAGCUCUUUUCGAUAAAGAGGAGAAGAUAAUGGUUCUUAAGGAUACAAUAUCUCAAGAGGAAGAACAGGGUCUAGACUACCUAGUUGCUCAAUUAGGGGAGGAUGGAGAGCCAAUUGACGAGGUUAAUGAUCUUUUUGAGCUUCCAGCCUCGUUAGAGCAUACCUUCGAUAUAGAUGAGGAGAACCAGACUACAGAAGAAGAGUCGGAGGAAGAGGUCCAGGAGGAGCGUCAAUUGCCACCUCGAAAGCGCCAGCGUCCUCAGCGCUACCGUGAUAAUUAG